AUGCCUAAAGCAUUCCUUGUGAAGAAGAACAAGAGGCUGCAUAGCGGCGGAGCUGGAUCGGUGGAAAAGAGGCAUUUUGAGUACGAUGCAGCUCCAGAAUAUCGCGCGGGCAAGAGUGAUGUGUUUUCCACUACGUCUGCGGUUUCAGAAAUUAUGCAUUCAUCGCCGAAGAAGGAUAAACCACCGGUGUUAACCUCGUUAAGUGCGCUGCUCACCUCAGCGCCUAACAACAACAUCACAUCAAGCGCCUUUAAACCUUUUAAAUUGGAAAAAGAAAAGGAAAAUUCCCCAGCCAAGAAAUUCAAGCCUAACCCGACGUCGAUCGAGAGCCGUGACAAGCCGAGUAAGAAUAAAGACAGCAGUUCAAACGGACGCGAAGCGCUUAACGAAAAACACACGGAUCAUGGUGGUAAAACCGCAGUUCUCGAACACAAGGAGUUUGCCAUUUGCCAAGAUAAGUUCGACUUUCCCAAGACCAAAGGUCCACUGCCUCAGUCUCAAUUUAUCUGCCAACUUUGUCAGGAGGUUUAUACAGAUCCAUUUUCGCUAGCCCAACACAGGUGUAGUGGAAUUCAGCACACUGAAUAUCGAUGCCCCGAGUGCGACAAGGUUUUCAGCUGCCCUGCCAACCUGGCUUCGCACCGCCGAUGGCACCGACCUCGUUCGCCGCACGAGAAAAAGCCAGCUCCGACCCAAUCGCCAUCUACGCGCGAUCAAGUAUCGAGCAGCCCGAAAGUUGGCGCCGAAGAGAGCAAAGUCGGCACCACAGCAGCGGAAUCCGAGUUACGAGCCACCAGCCCUGUAGGUAACAGCCAGGGACAAUUUGUGUGCGAAGUAUGCAACAAAACAUUCAGGCGCAAGGCCUAUCUGAGAAAACAUAUGAACAACCACAACGAUGAUCGCCCUUAUCCGUGCCAGUACUGUGGAAAAGUUUUCCGCAGCCUGACAAACCGCGCUAAACACGUUCUUAACCACGCCGUGGGACCUAAGACAUUUAUUUGUAACGUGUGCGGUAAUGGUUUUGCCAAUAAGGGAAGCCUUGAUCGACACGCAAGAAUCCACACAGGUGAAAUUUACUCUUGUAAACAUUGCUCUAGUACAUUUUAUAGCUCGCCUGGUUUGACUCGCCACAUUAACAAAUGUCAUCCACCCGAAAAUCGUCAAGUUAUAGUCCUGCAAGUCCCAGUUAGACAAGGCUGA